UCCCGCCCUUGCCGAGGCCCCUCCCCUCGCCUGGGCGUGCGGCGGAAGGACGAGCGCAGGAAGGGGCGGGGCUAUGAGCGCCCAGAGUGCGCGCGCGGAUGUCGCGAGAGCAGUAGAGAGCGGAAGAGUAGUAAGUGCAGGAUGCGGUUCCUGAUUGCGUUGGCCCUGCUGAGCCUCGCAGUGGCGGUGGCCCCAACAGGAGAGCCUAGCGAGCUGCAGCCACAGCCCGGAGACAACGGCCCUAGCAAGAAGCCCAAGCUUGAGGCCACAGGAGUCGACCCUGACAAGCCCAAGCCUGAAGCCACAGGAGAGGACCCUGACAAGAAGCCCAAGCUUGAGGCCACAGGAGUCGACCCUGACAAGCCCAAGCCUGAAGCCACAGGAGAGGACCCUGACAAGAAGCCCAAGCUUGAGGCCACAGGAGUCGACCCUGACAAGCCCAAGCCUGAAGCCACAGGAGAGGACCCUGACAAGAAGCCCAAGCUUGAGGCCACAGGAGUCGACCCUGACAAGCCCAAGCCUGAAGCCACAGGAGAGGACCCUGACAAGAAGCCCAAGCUUGAGGCCACAGGAGUCGACCCUGACAAGCCCAAGCCUGAAGCCACAGGAGAGGACCCUGACAAGAAGCCCAAGCUUGAGGCCACAGGAGUCGACCCUGACAAGCCCAAACCUGAAGCCACAGGAGAGGACCCUGACAAGAAGCCCAAGCCUGAGGCCACAGGAAACGACCCUGACAAGCCCAAGCCACAGCUCACCAGAGAUGACUCUGACAAGAUCCCCAAGCCUCAGGCCAUGGGAGACAACCCUGACAAGAAGCCCAAGCCACACUCUAUGGGAGACGACCCUGACGAUGAGAAGCCCAAGCCACAGGCCACAGGAGAUGGCACUAGCAAGGUGAAGUCCCAGAUGCAGUCCUUGAAUGACCACUCCAACAAGCUGGUCUCUAACCCCUCUUCUGAUAACAAGAAGCCCACCAAGCCUCACUUAAACAUACCAGCCGACAAAGAUCCCACUCUGAAUGAUUAUAAAAAUGAAUCUGAGGAGAGAGUAUUACUGGACUCUGACCCCACUUCACAGCAGGAGGGAGAAGGCAAGUCUAUAGAGCUUACCGAAGAUGUGGAACCCAAGAAGGCUGAGGAAGGGGAUACGGAGCCUGAAGAAGGUUCACCACUCCAAGGAGAGAAAGAAAUGCCUGGCCUUGCCUCCAGUGAGAACCGUGAAGGGACACUUUUGGAUUCUGUGGGUAGGCAGAAUGAUGACCUUUAUAAGGACAGUCUUGGAAGUGCUAGUGCAGAAAGCAGCCACUUCUUUGCUUAUCUGGUGACUGCAGCCAUUCUUGUUGCUGUCCUCUAUAUUGCCUAUCACAAUAAACGGAAGAUUAUUGCUUUUGUCCUAGAAGGAAAAAGAUCUAAAGUCACUCGGCGGCCAAAAGCCAGUGAUUACCAGCGUUUGGACCAGAAGAUUUGAUUUUCCCGUUCUUGAGAACCGUGUCCUCCCUGCUGAUUUGUUUUUAAAUCAAGAGAAAUGAAGAAAAAAAUACUGUGACCUAAGAGACACCCCCUCCUCUAGGGUUUGGUGGCAGGUCUGGGCUGGCAGAGGUGGGGGGAUUGCUUUGAUUUUUGCACCUGCACUUUGGUAACCUUGUACUCCUGUGUCCCCAUUAUCUAUGCUGGUGUCUUCCAUCCUUUCCUCCUCUGAGUGUGAGUAGAGCAAGCAUGUGGGAAGCCAGUUGUGACCAAAGGGAGAUCUCAGCCCCUGGCAGGCUACUGCCACUGGCUGCCUUCCCUUGGGCCUGGGGCCAUUUAGUGUUACCCUUUGAAAAUAGCAUUGUGUCCACCACUAUUUAUGUUGGCAGACCUAGGAGAACACUCUGCAGGUUGAGGUGCUCUUGUACCAAGCCCUUUUACUUUGGGGAGAUGUGCCCUACAAAAGAUGAGGUGAAUGCUGACAGGUAAAGGGCUACCUGGAACACAUGACUCUUUUUAAAGGCUCCAGCAGCAAACCAAAACAGCUUUUAAAAAGUGCUUUUUGCCUGCAAGUCCAACCUGUCUAGUGGACUAAACUAGACUAAAGUGUCCAGACUCUUAGACUAAAGAAGUUCUUUAGUCUUUUAGUCUUCUUCUUAAAGAAGACUAAAAAGUUCUUCACAUUUUUCCAAUAUUUUCAUAUCACUUAAGACAAAGUCAGUUUCCAUUUGGUUGUACUGACUGAACUUGGGGAUUCUGGGAGUAGAGCUGUAAAGCCAUGGUUCCCAUCAGAUUUUUAAAAUACAGUUACGAUUAUUACAAUACUGUGUUCUUCUAUACUCCACAGUCGUCACAGAAAUUUUUUAAAAUAGGGUAAGCUCAUGCUUUGCGUUUUGGAUUUGAUCUACAUUAUUUUCAAAAGGCUUUCAUGAAUGGUUUCCCAUAAACUCUGUUUUGCCUUUGUUGCCUAAAGUAGAAAAAAUAGACUUGUAAUCAGAAUCCAACUGUACUCUCUUCCACCUUAAUCUAGUUAAUGGUUCUCUCAUCUGAUAUAAAAUGCCAAGGGUAAUUAGUAAAAAUUUUCCUUCCAACCCAUGUCAGGGGUUAUUAAAAUUUAAGAAAUUCAGAGUUCCUCUGCGGUAACUGAGGUUAGUGUCUCAGAUCAUGCUGUGGUUUGAAGUUUUCCUUAAAUCUGGUCUAGUUGUGUUAACCUAUUAAAGAGAGUUGUUUCUGUAAAGAAAAAAUGGAAAUAGCUGAUCUCAGGGAAAUACAAAGAAUGUGAGAUAUGAGGACAGUGGGAUGAAUUCUGUGCUGUUGAGGAAGUCAGUCUGCAGAAGGGACCAUCCUGUUGCCACAAUAUCUGGCACUUUGCUUAAAACAGAGCAUGGCUUUGAGUUGAGAUUGGUGGAGAUAAGGAAUGAAUGAAUGCUCCUGGCAUCAUUCUCUCUACCUGUACACCAACCUUAUAAUACUUUAUCUAAGGAAUCUUCUCUCAGGCUCUCCUAGCAUUCCAUAAAACCAUGGUUCCCCUUUGCCUACCUUUCCUCCUCCUAAUGUUUUCUGUUUGCUUGUCUACACUAGCACUUUUCCUUCUACCUUCAUGCAUGCCUAGAUUUUCCCUGCUGCCAUCCAUUCUACUUCUUACUCCUUCCUUUCAUAACCUUUACACACUCACUUUGGUCCUUAUCUUCCUACCUGUAGUGUUUUUCCAGAGGUUCAGAUUGUCAAAUCUAAUGACUUGUUCUCAGAGCUUAGUCUUGACCAUUUUUUUUUUUAAAGAUUUUAUUUAUUUAAUCAUGAGAGACAGAGAGAGAGAGAGGCACAGGCAGAGGCAGUCUCCCUGUAGUGAGCCUGACGUAGGACUCGAUCCUGGGUCUCCAGGAUCACGCCCUGGGCUGAAGGCAGCGCUAAACCGCUGAGCCACCUAGGCUGCCCGCUUAGUCUUGACCUUCAUAGAAAAGGACACUAUUGAUCAUCCAAAUUGAAAUCCCCUUCUUUUGGUUUCUCUGACUGACCUGGUUUCUAAGAACUUUGCUUUACCCUGUGCUGGUGGAGGACAGAGCCCUUAAAGGCAGGUUUCUGUCUUCCUUCAUCUUGUCAGAAAUUCAUCUAUUCUUCAUCCUCCAACUGAGUGACUCCCAAGUGUUUAUCCUUGGCCUAGUUCCCAAAGAACCAAAUCCUGUGGUGUGCUAAAUAUUUCAGCUCGCUUGUUCUAUUGGCACUAAAACUAAAGUUCUCUCUUCUACCUACUACACUGCCCAUUUUUUAAAAAAUAUUUAUUUAUUCAUGAGAGACACAGGCAGAGACAUAGGCAGAGGGAGAAGCAGGCUCCCUGAGGGAAGCCCAAUGCUGGACUCAAUCCCAGGAAUCCGGGAUCAUGCCUUGAGCCAAAGGCAGAUGCUCAACCACUGAGCCACUCAGGCAUCCCAAGCUGCCCAUUUUCUUUAAUUGUCUCAGCUCCAGCCUAUAGUCUUUUAUCAUUUUUAUUGUUAUAAAAGACCUAUCCAUUUAAAACAAAAUGUCUCCCAUAUAGUCUUUCUUUCCAUUUUCCUUACUUUCCUGCCACCCCCCCCCCACCAUUUCACUUCUCUCCUGAAUUUCUCCACCUCCCCCUACACCCACCCAGAGCCAUCAUAAGUUAUCUACCUUCUCUUGUGUGCAUAAUGAGACCAGAUACAUCUUUCCAAAAUCCUUACCCUGAUCUAAAGCUAUUAUCUCCCUCUUGUGACUUAGAGAAUCAAGCUUUUAUAGACCCUAGUAUUCAGGACUCUGUAGAUCUACACUUUCGUACCUUUCGAUAGGAGAUGUAGAGCAUCUACCUUUGUCUAGGCCAAAGGCUCCUCUUGUCAGGCCCAUCUAGGCUUUUUGUUCUUACUGUGUCCUCCAUUUCCUGGCUUCCCGCAGCUGUUCUUUGGUUAGGGUGCACUCCCUUCUCUUCUUUUGCUUGCCUCUCCAAAUGUUCCUUCAGGGCCCACCUCAAGUUUUCCCAUGCACCUUCUUAACUGCUCCCACUUCACAGGAUUUGCUCUUUCCAUUCUAUUCUAAAAAGUACUAAUGCCAAUCACAAAUUUUGGAACUCCAGAAAAAAAAGAAAAAAAAAACAGAGGGCAGAUGUUAUCUGAUGUCUAUAUCUGAUUGUUUCCCCAAAGUGCAGCUACUUGCAGGUGUGCCUUUGGCACAAUCUGCAUAUCUGUGUACAGUGUAGUGACAUUCCCUAGAUACUCUUAGUUCAGGGUCUUGCAAAGGAGACAUCUUCUUUGUUCAGGAAGUCUGCAUGUGACUUAACUGAGGUCUCAUAUAGCUCUUCCUGGCUACUGCUUGCCAUCCCUUUUUGAUGGAUUUUGCUUUUGAGGAGAGCAGAGAGAUUGGUUUCAGAAACCAAGGUUGGCACUAAGUGGAUGCAAAAUAUGUAUUCUGUGGAGUCCACAUAGUUCCAUUUUUUGAGCAUCUGAAUAGUAUUGUGUUAAAAGAAGACUAUAGAAUUUAAGUUUCACUUUAGAAAUUACACUGAAUGGUUUAGCGCCUGCCUUCAGCCCAGGGCGUGAUCCUGGAAUCCCGGGAUCAAGUCCUGCAUCAGGCUCUGUGCAGGGAGCCUUCUUCUCCAUCUCCCUGUGUCUCUGCCUCUCUCUCUGUCUCUCAUGAAUAAAUAAAUAAAAUCUUUAAGAUUAAAAAAAAAGGUUGUUUUCUCAAUAGUUGUCCUUUUGAAAAUAAACAAUCAGAAGCAUGUUUUUCUAGAGAUGGUGUAUAGGAGGAGAAGUUGGCUAAGGCCUCUCCAACCAGGGAGAAGGGUAGAGGUAGGCAGUGAAGCACAUGGAGCCAUGAGAGGCACCCCUCUAUCUAUACAGCUACGGGCUUUCCUGCCCCAGGAAAUCACCCCUUUUGGUUGAAGGGUGAUUUCUAAUAGGAGUCUAGGCUUCAGUCAUGGAUGUCAUUAGAGGUGUUGGUUUUCUUGCUACAGGUUACUAAGUAAAUUAUUGAAAGAAUCCACUUCUGGACUCGGGGGUAGUGGAAGCCAGUCUAUCUAAAAAGGCUAUAAUAACUCGGAAAGCUCUGACAAGUAACUAUAUAUAUGCUGACAUUUCUUUUCCCGUGAUGGCUUUUAUUGAAAUAGUUGGUGAUAGAAUUAUAAACCUCUAUAAUUCCCCUGAUGGUUAUUCUCAUUUUUUUUCUCACUUCAUGUCAUUUAAGUCAAAAAGAGGAAGCCUGCUCCUUGUUUGAACAGGGUAACUUGAUACAUAAUGCUGUUAUGUAUAUGUGAUGAAAGCUAGCACACUUUGCACAUGUUCUGAAUCAUUUGAACAGGGAGGAGAGUAUUUUACACACCAGACACCAGAUCCUGUAGUUCUGCCAGCUGUUUUCUGAAGUCUUGCUGGGAGGGUUGCCUUUGACACUGCCUUGCUUAAGGAAUAAUCCCAGGAAGAGGUUUCCAGGUUCCAUUUAACUGUUCAUCCAGAGAAAGACUGAAUCUCACCUCAGCUAGUCCCACGAGUCACACGUGAAUUUCCUUAAUAUGUCCCAGUUGCGAAACUCCUCUGUAACAGUGUUGGGUCUGAGCUGUGUAGUUUCAAGCUGCCAGCAAAGCCAGCUUCCUCACACUCUUUGAUGUUCCUUUAAUUCAGAAGUUUCUCAUGUUAAAUGAUUGUUGAAAUUGUUUCCCUUUUUUGUUUACCCAAUUAGAGUGCCACUGUUUUUGCAGUGUUUUAUAUUUUCAGCUUUAAUUUAACUAUAUAAUUACUUAAUUUUAUUUUUUUAAAGCUUAUUUGGUCUAAUGAUAAGUAUUUUUCAGUACAUAAUGUUUUACUGAGCUGCUUUGAAUGCCAUUUCAAUGUAGUUUUGUAUCAUUGCACAGAAACCAAAAUAAAUUUCAAAUAUUAAAGCUCUAA